AUGGACCAUCCGCUGGCAUCCCGCCCCGCUGCCGCCAAGCAGCCGGUCAGCACGUUGACCAAGCUUCUCAGCGAGGGUUCUUCUUCGGGGGCCAUUGCGGCCAAUCCUCCGACCAUCGACUCGGCGAUCCCGGAACAUCCGGACAUGUCAUUAAAUGCCACGCCCGUCGAGUCCGGGUCCAAUAUUCCAGUCCAGAUUGAUCCGGAGCAAUCCAUCCCCACUCCGCAGACGCUCGAUGGCGUAAUUGCCCAAGAUGCCAUCUCGUUGGGCGGCUCGCCGACCGACGUGCUGAACUUAUCCUCGUCGCAGCGAGGUAAGGGCCCCGUGGUGGUGACUGGGGGUUUCGAUUCUUCUCCGCGUGAUGUUUCCAGUGGCCGCACGUUCGACAAUUCCUACUUGGGACUGAUUCCUGCCAGAGGUCCUUUGAGUGGUGUUAGUCCGCGAGUCAACAGAACCAACUCGGUUUCUCACACAUCCUUCUUCUCCACUGGUGGAUAUGGAAGUGAGAGUUUGUCUUCAUCUAUUCCAUAUGCUGUUCCAGGUGGUAGAUCCUCAUCUACCGUGGGCGCGUCUUUAGGUAAGUCUGCUGGCGCUGGAAGCUUCAGCUCCUCGAACCUUUCAAAUGCGUUGCGCAUGUCCUCCCAAACGCCGCAGGAUCAUGUUCCAAAUCUUCCAAACGGACAGCCUAUUUCGUCGAUCCACUUCCUGUCUCCUCAGGUUGGCUCACAUUCAAUCGAGCCUCGUUUUGUCAUUUCGAAACAGCGAGUUGCGCAGGCCCAGGCUCAAGCGCAGGCUCAAAACGGCUUAUCUACCAGUGCUCGCCUGGGCUCCCACUCGAGUUUGUCAUUUAUGUUCUCCUCGAAGAAGGCACCAAAACAAAACCAGUCUUCUACCGACUUAGGCCUGCUUUACAACAACGCUCAAGCCGAGCCUCAAGUCUUUGGCAUGUCUCCCUCAUCUUCGGGUCUGGGAUCCAUCGAUGUAGCUAUGCCUCCUCCCGUGGUUGGCUCUAGACACAAUUCCAUGGCUAACUUGAAGCGUUUUUUCAAAAAAUCCGGCAGCUCCCCGCUGUCGUCUGCGAUUAACAAUUUGUCUAACUCAUUACGUUCAAACAAUUUGAAUGGGUCGGUCGGAACGCCCCAAACUCCUAAUUUUAAUACCUCCUUGACAAAUCAGUCCUAUACUUCAAUGAACUCUGAAACCUCGAUUUCUCAAUCUCCCGGCGGAUAUGAUGGUUACAGUGUCAACUCCAUGAGUCGAACCCCAUCCUUCCGCACCUCAGCCGACCGUAAGGGUUCUGUUCUGGGAAUUAUCAAUCAAAAUCAACAACAAUUGCCCUUCUCAAAGAGAUACAGUAAAUAUCAAGAGAACUUGGGUGCUGGUGCUGGUGGAUCUGUUCGGUUAGUGAACAGAUUAUCAGACAAAAAGGUCUUUGCUGUCAAGGAGUUCAGAGCAAAGCACCAAAACGAAUCGAAAAGAGAGUAUGCCAAAAAAAUCACUGGUGAAUAUUGUAUUGGCUCGACUUUGAAACACCCCAACAUCAUCGAAACCGUUGAAAUCUGCUACGAAAACGAGCGCAUCUUGCAAGUUAUGGAGUACUGUGAUUUCGAUCUCUUCGCUAUUGUGAUGUCGAACCAAAUGUCUCGCGAGGAGAUCAACUGCUGCUUCAAGCAAAUUCUCACGGGUGUGAACUACUUGCACUCAAUGGGAUUGGCCCACAGAGACUUGAAACUUGAUAACUGUGUGGUAGACGCUCGGGGAGUUGUCAAGAUCAUCGACUUUGGUUCCGCUGUGGUGUUCUCGUACCCAUUCACAAAGACAUUAAUUGAGGCACACGGAAUUGUUGGAUCGGACCCAUACUUGGCGCCUGAGGUUUGUGUGUUCAACAAGUAUGAUCCGAGACCAGUCGAUGUGUGGUCUGUUGCCAUCAUCUUCUGUUGCAUGAUGUUGAAGAAGUUUCCAUGGAAGGUCCCUAAGUUGAUUGACAACAGUUUCAAAUUGUUUGCUACUCGCGAAGAUGGUGUUUCACUCAACGACAGUCUCAUUCGGGAGCCCGACAAGGACGGUGCUCUUGGAGGCAUGAGCGACUUGAAGAGUGCUAUUUUCGAGGUUGACGGCAAACCACAAGACGCCGACAUCGAGGGAAGUCCCCACACGUCCAAUGAGACCGGAGUGGGCCGGUUGUUGUGCGCAUUACCCGAAGAUUGUAGGCCGUUGAUUGGGCGCAUGGUGGAGCUUGCGCCCGCAUGCCGUAUCUCUGUUGAAGAGUGUUUUGAAGACGGGUGGCUCAAAAGCAUCCAGAUGUGUACUGUGGAUGAAAAGAUCCAUUUUGACGGCGCGGUGAAUUACCAGGUGGACAAGGGAGAGGACCACGAACAUACGACGGUGGACCAGUCGAAGGCACACAUUGCUGCCUUUGAGAAGAAAAAGAAGACGUAG